GAUUUUCCACCUAACAACAUUCAACUUUUAAUUCUUGGUCCUUGACGGAUAUUGCGCACUUUUUGUAAUAUCUGUUUUUGGUUGAUGCCCUUAUUAAAUCUACAAUAAUUCACAUUCUUUACUUGAUAAUAAGCUGGUCUUGCAUGAUCUUUUCAAUAUCAGUAUCAAACAUUCAACAGCCACUUCAACCUUUUGAACCACCUCAGUGUUUAUAAGCAUUUCAUUUUUCGAGGUCACUCUGAUCUGCCGAAGCCAACAUGGCUCCUCCCACUCCCAGCAGUGAUGAUCCUCUUAAGGCCAAGAGAUCUAUUGGAAUGAAGAGUAUCUGGAGCAAUAUGAAGAAAGGCACCGCCAAACAAGAUCCAAAUCAAAAAAAAUUGUCGGCCCAACAGAUUGUAUCGGAUUCAAGCUUCGCUGUAGUAUCACCUCCAUCUCAAGAUUCUAUGAAAGGUUCCACAAAUUCAUGUUUCUCUGAUCUCACCAAUUAUAUCCCUGCAGGAUCGAUCCGAAUACAAAAGCACGAAUGUUCGCUCUUAAAAGAAGAAGCAUUUGCGUGUCGCAGUUGGCAUGCUUUUCAUCUUCCUACCGAUAUGAACAACUUUCAACAGAGCAUCUUAUAUCUACCAAAUACCGUACAAGGACAAUUGCUUCGUUCCGCUGCCCUUGUUAAGUACACCGGGAUACACGAUGCUGGUUGGAUUAGAAUGGAGUUCAAGGCAAAAGAUCAAAAUAGUGGUCAAGUAAGAGUAUAUGUCCUACCAGAUGAUAUUGGAAAUUCUGUGUUAGAUAGUUCGACGAAGCAACUUCGUAAGGGUAUGCAGGCCUUACUAGGCAAAUUAGAUAUUUCGAAUGCGACUUGGCAAGGAACAUGGUCAGAUGACACACCAAUUCAGUAUAUCAAUUCUGAUUUGGAUGAGGUCGAAUCUACCGAUGUCAUCUCGCUAUUUGACAUGAUCAACAAUCUACCAUCUACAAGACCAGACCCAAGUGUGGUCAAAGGGAAUCAUUUUGUACAGGAUGCGAUGCGAUCUCUCCUGGCAGGAAAUGUACAGGGACUUCAUCCAGACACCCAAAUGCAUCCCUUUCAAUGUCAAACGGCAGCUAUGAUGCUGCAGCGGGAAACAACGCCACGAUAUAUUUUGGAUCCACGUCUUCGAGAAAUUAAAGAUCAACAUGGACGUAAAUUCUAUUGUGAUUUGAGUGCAAGCGUUUGUUUGAGGGAAGUGCGCCUUUAUGAAGCCCCAAGAGGUGGAAUAUGCGCAGAAAAUACGGGACUAGGAAAGACUCUAAUCUGCUUAGCUUUGAUUUCAUCAACAAAAUAUCUGAGACCUCAGAUGCCAGUCGAGAACUCGGCUACCUCUAUUCCCAAGCGAAAAAAGACAGGCUCUCUUCUCGAUAUGUGCGCUUCGACUAUCGGCAGACAAGGAAUUCCGUGGGAGCUAGUUCUUGGAAAGACGGAGUCCGAAGGAGAACUUGGAUUUAGCCAAAUGCACGUUGCGCUGAAUAGGGGAAUUGGCUACUAUUGGCAUCAGUGUAACCCACCGUGUUGCCAGACCCGCCAUCUAUUCCCAACUAAGAGAAAGAUUUGGCUCAUAAAGUCUACAAUUGUAGUAGUUCCACCGAACUCAGUGCACCAGUGGAAAUCAGAAAUCCAGAAACACACCAUCGGCUUGAGUUACAUGGUUAUAAAUGAUGCGAGAAUCCAAGUACCUCCCGCGCACGAGUUGGCAAAGUACGACAUCAUUAUAUUCAGCAGAAGCAGAUUUGAGAGAGAGGCCGGAGAAAAAGAUUUACUGAUGCCACAGAUUACCAUCACCUGCAAGCACCGCUCUGGGGGCCUGGCAGCUUCAAGGUGCUCUUGCAAUAUAUCCCCAGAAAAAGGACCUGUAAAUGUCUUCGGAUAUCAUUCACCUCUUCGUGAUAUUCAUUUCAAGCGCCUCAUCAUCGAUGAAGGACAUGGUUUUGGGAAUGUAACCACAAGCAUAAAUCCAAACGCGGCAAUAAUGCUUGAACUUUUGCGCCUUGAUGCUCGUUGGAUUAUUUCUGGGACUCCGACGAACGGUCUCCAUGGCAAUGAUAUCGAAUUUUCGAGAACUCAUGAGCUCAGAAGUCGUGAAGUGAAACCAAUGAGUCUAGAAAAUUUCAAGACGCCCCCAGAAAAAAGUAUUGCCAACUCAAACGGAGUUUCUAUCGAGCAGGAGAUCAAGGACCUCGAGAGACUUGGAGAUAUAUUGAAGUCAUGUCUUAAAGCUCGGCCAUGGGCUAACACGGCCGUGGCGGGUGAUCAGGCAUCGUGGCUAGAUCUAGUUAUCAAACCACGAUACAACCGCCAGAUCCAUGGAGAUCCAGAAAUUCUCAAGUCUACUUUGAAAAGCAUGAUUAUCAGACAUACAGCAAGAGAUAUUACGGGGCAACUUAGGCUCCCCCGAUUGAACAAGAGAAUUGUUUACCUCGAAGGAUGUUUUCAGAAUAAGUUAUCGUUGAAUAUAUUUUCGAUGAUGAUUACUAUAAAUGCUGUUACCUCUGAAAGAGAAGGUAUAGACUAUUUAUUUCAUCCGAAGAACAGGAGAGCGCUUUUGAAUUUGUUCUCAAAUUUGCGACAGGCUUCCUUUACUUGGUCAGGUUAUACCAAAGCAAUGAUUGAGAACUCUAUUCAAACCGCCGAGAAGUUUCUUGCCAAGGGUGACAUUGAUCCUGAAGACAAGGAACUUUUGAGGGAAGCAAUUCGAACUGGAGAGCUAGCCCUCUCGAAUGGCAUAUUCACAGCCGUGAUUCAACUACAUGAGAUGGCCAUGUAUGUCGAUAAUCCUCUACAGGAUGAAAUUAGGCGUGCAUGGGCACUUGACUACCAUGAUGGAUGUCCAACUUUGAUGAGUGCUAGUAUGAUAUGUGCUGCAAAAAAGUCGUUUCAUAUAUAUCAGCGUCGUGGCCUCGACGAUUUAUUUGAGUCUUCUUUCGAUAUAGCCAAACUCAACAAUAUUGGAGAGAACUUGAUGCGCAGAAUUGCAGUAGACGCUGAUGUAGAGCUUGACGGAUUCAGAUUAACACAAGCAGGCUUUACUGAACACAGACCAAGGGCAAUCCCCGACACCGCAACUUCAUCGAAGAACUUGAUGUGGAAAGAUUCUACUAUCACAUCCACCGCUUCGUCUAAACUCUCAUAUCUCAUGGACCAGGUUUUUCUUCACCAUAAAAAUGAGAAGAUAAUUAUAUUUCACGAGGCCGAAAACGUGGGACAUUACAUUGCACAAGCAUUAAAAUGUGUAAACAUCGAGCAUUUAGUGUACACCAAAAGAGAUUCAACGUCUGAACGUUCGAAAUGUGUUGCAAAGUUCAACUCCGUCAAAAGUUUCCGUGUUAUACUCAUGGAUGUUAAUGAAGCCGCCUCUGAUCUAGAUAUGAGCGCAGCGUCAAGAUUGUACUUCGUCAGUCCAGUAUUUUCACCGCAAGUUGAGGCACAAGCUAUCAAGAGAUCUCACCGUAUCGGUCAGCUUCGCCCUGUACAUGUUGAGACUUUGGUUCUGAAAGGAAGUAUUGAAGAGGUUAUCUUGACAAGAAGAGAUAAACUGAACGAUCAAGAGCACAUGCAUUUGAAAAACAUCCUCGAUGACCAAACAAUAUAUGACUGGAUAAAGGAUGCUCGAUUCUAUCCUAUCGCAAGCGGUAAAUUAUCCGGUCCAGAACAGCUUGCUCCUCUUUCUUACCCGCAACUCGCGUUUGAAAUUUUUAAAAAUCCUCCGAAUGAUCCGGCUAUUCCAAGAUUCAGCGAGACCACAUCAAGAACUCCUGAGCCCCUUCGACUUCAUUUCGCCCAGAGCAGACGCUUAAUUUUGAUUGAUGACGACGAUACCUAUUUUACAGGGCGAUACGGUAAUUUACACCACCGGUUAGGGCGUGAAAUUUCUAAUUACAUUCUUGACAUUUAUAGAAGAGGACUUCGGGAGCGGGUCCAUGAACAAGAAAUAGGAUUGAAUUCCUGGAUUGAUGAUUUAAUGGAUUCGCAUCAGAUGGUACAUGUCUCUACUGGUCAUAAGACAGGAUCAUCCCAUUCUGCUCCCGGCUUUCGAUUUGGUACGAGAAUUCAACCUGAAUUAACUAAAGAUCCCGGACAGCCUCUCUUUGAUGGUGAAGAAGCAGAUGAAAAUGAUCAUACGAACGAGGAAGAUGAUCUAAAAUCUGUUCGCACAAAGCACAUGAAGACAAGAUCCACCGGAGAUGAUCGACACAACGAGUCGGUGAUGCAAUCGGAAGUCUCGAGAGUAUUGGCUCAGAGAGAAGUACAAAAAGAUUACAGAGAAGAAACCGAACAAGAUGGAGGAAAACAAAGCGAAGGAAACCAUAGCUUUUCUCGAAUACGUGCCUUGGAGGACAGAACCAAAAAAAAUUCAGACACAUCAUUUUUGAUGGGGAUGUUUGGCAUACCAGGUGCUAAUAGGUCCAGUGGCGGGGGACCAAGUUCCAAUGGACCAUCUGCACCAUCUGUUUUUGGGCGAUCUGCUUUUCCAACGUCUGUUCUUGAGCCAUCAUUUCGGGAAUCCUUGAGAUAUGCACAAGCUACUAAUGGUGCACCAACAUAUGUACCACGGAGUACGAGAUUGACAACUGAUCAGCUUCCAAAUGAGGAGCUGGCGGCAGAGAUAACGGAGAGUGUCGCAGAUGAAGUAGAUGAAGAUGUAGAGGACGCAGAAGUUGCAGAUGCUGCAGAAAGUGCGGUUACAAGUGCAGAGUUUGAUACUCACCACGGUAACUUGUAUGACGCAUGAGAUUAAUCAGAUAUGGUGUAGUAGAUCUGAUUGCAGGGUGGCAUGCCAUAGUGAGUAUAUGGAUAUUUUGUGAUUCGAUGCGAUAUGAUAUUAUCGUGAGAACGCGGGUUGCUAGACAGUUAUGUUACCUUUGCUACUGUUUGGAUAAUUCCAAACAGGAUCAGAUGGGGCAAAGCAUAGUACUGCAUGAUGCACAGGAUAAGACACGAGGCAGUGGCUUGUGUAAUGAGAUAAUAAUAUUUGAUGAAGCUUCA